AUGAAACCUGAGUAUCACAUAAAUCGCUUUGUGUCCACAGGAAGUCCGCUGUCGUCUGUAACCGGGACAGUCACUCGCGUGUCAGCGGUGGUGGGCGGCGAGGCGGACUUGCCUUGCGACUCGCGGCCGCCGCAACGAAACGACAGCUUACUGCUUGUUGUUUGGUAUCGAGAUGACAACCCUGUGUACAGUUACGACACGAGGGUAGAAGGACCAACAGCGCAUUGGACAGAUGAUGCGUUUGCCAAGCGGACGCUAUGGCAAAGCUCGCCGAACUCGGCGCUGCGGGUGCGGGACGUGCAAUCUCGCGAUCGCGCCACAUACAGAUGUCGUGUAGACUUCCAAGUGUCCCCCACUAGGAAUUACCUCGUCGCGCUCGAUGUAAUAGAGCUCCCGAGUAAGCCGGUGAUCUUUGAUGAAUUCGGAAAGGAGAUAUCCGGGAUUGCAGGUCCUUACAACGAAGGAGGCGAUUUCAAACUUAUUUGUUCUGUAAAUGGAGGUAAUCCAACACCAAGAGUACAGUGGCAUCAAGGAGACACGAUACUGUCUACCUUAGGUGCUGGGGACCUCCAACCAUCAGGGUUAACAAGAUCCCUUACGUUGGUUGUUAGAAAUGCUACCAGAGUUCAUCAGUCAUCAGUAUACACUUGUACUGCUGAUAACACUCUGUUGGCAUCACCUCAAAAGGUCACAGUACGAGUUAAUCUAUACUUGAGGCCACUUACCGUGGAAAUAUUGUCACGGGAGCAACCGUUAUCGGUUGGUAGGAAGACUGAGUUGUUAUGCAGAUCGACUGGUGCACGCCCACCUGCCAUUAUCACCUGGUGGUUGAAUGGGAAGCAGCUGAACUCAAUUACUAAACACAGAGAAUUAGAUGAUGGUAAUGAAACACAGUCCUUACUGCAAUGGAUACCAUUUAAGGAACAUAAUGGUCAAGUGCUUACUUGCAGAGCCGAACAUUCUAAAUUCAACCAAUCCACUAUAGAAAGUAAACUACCACUAAACAUUUACUAUGUACCAGUGGCAACUAUACAUUUAGGUGCUAAAAUGAACCCAAACGACAUAGAAGAAGGUGAUGACGUAUAUUUUGGAUGCGAUGUAGAUGCAAAUCCUCCCGCUUAUAAAGUCAUAUGGGAACACAAUGGUAUCUUAUUGCAACACAAUCCAGCAGGCGGGGUCAUUCUAACAGGCAACACUAAUCUUGCACUAAGAAACGUGUCCAGGCAUCAAGCAGGGAAAUACUCAUGCACAGCUUCCAAUGUUGAGGGCGAUGGGAAAUCACCACCGUUGCAUAUGCAAGUAGUUUAUAAGCCGAUAUGUCGGAAAAGAGAAAUACGAAUGAUCGGCGCCGCACUUCAAGAGCCGUCAAGUGUGGUUUGUGAAGUUGACGCUUUCCCUCCUCCAGAUACAUUUGAAUGGACCCUUAAUAACUCAGCUGGUUCCAUCAAAGUUGAUCCACUACGUUUCACUAUAGAAGCCUACGAGGGACGGUCCGUGCUGUCUUACACUCCAGUUUCGGACGUCGAUUAUGGUACUCUAUCAUGUCGAGCUACCAAUUUAGCAGGACAACAAACAUCACCCUGUAUAUACACACUGCUACCAGCUACGAGACCAGAUCCACCAUCAAAUUGUACGGUGUACAAUCUUACUGACGACUCGUUGGAUCUUAUUUGUCUUGCUGGUUAUGAAGGUGGCCUCCAUUCUGUUUACAUAGCAGAGGUAUGGGCAAAUGAAGGUUUAGUCGUAAAUGCCAGCAAUGCUGUGGCAACAUGGAACCUUCGAAGACUUGGAGCAAAGAGACAAUUGAAAUUGGUCAUAUACGCUGCCAAUGCUAGAGGAAGAUCAGAGCAUAUAACAUUUACAGUGGAAACUGCACCAAGAUUAUCACCUAGAACAGAAGCUCAAGAAGCCUGGGAGGUGAAUUGGGCGAUAGGUGGUGUUUUAGGUGCCGCUUUGACGGUGGCCAUCAUUUUAUGUCUCGCCCUUAUUGCUACGAGAAUAAGGCAUAGAUCGAGAGAUUAUGAAGUAACAAUGCCAUCGAGCAAGAACCAAAAAACAACUUUGCCGAAACGAAGCUCGCCUCACGGACCGGACGAGAGGAACCCUGACCUAAUACCCUUAAGUAAAGGCAUCUUGGACUGUCAACCUGAGCCGCCGCUAUACGCAGCAGUGGCCGCUGCGCCUAAGAAUUCAAACAGCGCGCACAGCUUACCCCGCACGCAAUCGCCGAGCACGCCCACUUCGCCACACGCUCAAUACACUGACUCCCAGAGUGAUUCGGGUCGCAGUGUGGUAAAUGGUACGAUGAGAUCACAUCGCGAAGUAGUAACUACAAGAACGCCAUUGCUAGCGGCUCAUCAAGAGAGUUGUGUGUAAAAUAAAGAAAUUAUUUUUAUUUUUAGAAAAUAAAUUACCUCUAAUAUUUGUCUUGUCUUAGUUAAUUGCGGUUGGAAUUUUUGAAAAUGAAAUGAGUUGUUGCUAAUAUUCUUUUUUGCCAUAAAAAUUAAAUACUUAGAUAUAUUAAUUUUGCGUAUUAAACGAAUUAUUUUUAUUUCAUUUGAUUUAAU